AUGUCCACCAUCACCAGAACCAUUAGGAAUCUGUGGCGAGUGGGCGUCAAGGCAAGCGACGCUUGGCACCAGCUCCAAUAUAUUGGCGACACGAAGGCUGGCGCUUUAGUCGGCGUCGACAGGUUCGGCAACAAGUAUUUCGAGGACAAUGAAGACCUUCCCCUUCGAACACGAUGGGUGGACUACAAAGUGCAUGACUUCGACCCCGCGCAGAUUGAACCCGGCUGGCACGCGUGGAUAUCCUACGCCGUCGACAAGCCACCAAACCAGGACCCCAUACUUGCAUACCGGAGACGAGCGUGGGAGGAUACCGACGCCAAACCUAUCCCGAACUUGACGUUAACUCGAGGCGCUUACAAGCCGUAUAACACGGUGAAGGCAAAGGUAACGACGUGGGAAUCCACUGCCGCAGAGAGGAAGUGA